UAAGAAUGUUGGACAUUCGCCUCCGGGUCUUCAGGGUUCCUCUCUGCUCACCGAGGCUUCCGUUCCCCCCACCCCGUACCGUGCCCUCCAGACUCAUGAACAAGCUACAGCCAGGCUCAGUCCCCAAGAUCAACCGCUCCAUGCAGAACUGGCACCAGCUGGAAAACCUCUCCAACUUCAUCAAGGCCAUGGUCAGCUACGGCAUGAACCCCGUGGACCUGUUCGAGGCCAACGACCUCUUUGAGAGCGGGAACCUGACGCAGGUGCAGAUGUCUCUUCUCGCCCUGGCGGGGAAGGCCAAGACUAAGGGGCUGCAGAGCGGGAUGGACAUCGGCGUCAAGUACUCGGAGAGGCAGGAGCGGAACUUCGAUGAUGCCACCAUGAAGGCCGGCCAGUGUGUCAUCGGACUACAGAUGGGCACCAACAAAUGUGCCAGCCAGUCGGGCAUGACCGCGUAUGGCACGAGGAGGCAUCUCUACGACCCCAAGAACCACAUCCUGCCCCCCAUGGACCACUCCACCAUCAGCCUCCAGAUGGGCACCAACAAGUGUGCCAGCCAGGUGGGCAUGACGGCUCCCGGGACGCGGCGGCACAUCUAUGACACCAAACUGGGAACCGACAAGUGUGAUAACUCCUCCAUGUCCCUGCAGAUGGGCUACACGCAGGGCGCCAACCAGAGCGGCCAGGUCUUCGGCCUGGGCCGGCAGAUAUACGACCCCAAGUACUGCCCGCAAGGCACUGUGGCCGACGGGGCUCCCUCCGAUGCUGGCGACUGCCCGGGCCCCGGGGAGGCCCCUGAAUAUCCCCCUUACUGCCAGGAGGAGGCGGGCUACUGAGGCUCCCAGCGCGCUCUCUCCCCACGCCGUCUCCCCGUCUGGGUUUCUGGGUUUUUCUGUGUUUUCAUUUUUUUUUUAACCUGUUCAGUGCUGCCAAUCAGCUGAGGGUCUGUGAGUGGCUUUCUCCCCCCUGCCUUGGUCCUUCGCAGGACUGAGCCAGCAGGCUGGGGGGCGGAGGGGU